CACCUCGGCUCCUCAGCCACAGAAAGAGAAGAGAAGAGAAGAGACCCAGCAGUUAGCUUCUCUGUGUAUAUAUCUCUAUACAUCAACGUAUGUAUAAACGCACACCUAUACACACACACAUCGGUGUAUAUAAAUCGUUGCUUUGACACCGUGGAGGUCAGUCCUUUCUCCGUUUUCCCGUUACGGCUCCUCAUUAACUCACGCGCACUCCGCCUUCUUAAUUACAUACACAAUUAAUUAAUUAGAAUGCUUAGUUAAUUAUUGGCCAUUGGACUUCAAAACAAACUCUUCCUUUCCUCGCUUCCCGUUGUUCAACCCCAGGUUUAUGUCGAUCCAGCAGACCUACGGCCAAAGACGUUCCAGCUGUGACUACCACGUCUUAGAUAUCAGAAAUACAUUAAGCAAUGUGUCCUGCCUUUAUUUCAGACCUUAAGACGUUCCAGUUGUGACUACCACGUCUCCUAGAAACCUGAACCAAAGUGUCCAGUCUUAGUUUAGGACGCUGUGACAUUCCACUUGUGACUGUCCCGUCUUAUAUAUCAAAGACAUUAACAAAUGUGUCCUGCCUUUAUUUCGGGCUGUAAGACGUUCCAGCUGUGACUAUCUCGUCUUAUCUAUAUCAGGAACACAUUAAUUAAUGCCCUGUCUUCGUUUGAGAUGACUUAGGUGCCGUUUGAGGGAGGUAUAUUAGCUGCAGUUUCUAGCAAGGUUAGUGACCCACCAAAGCCUUCUGCUUUGGCUCGCUUCGUGUUGUCUUAAUUGAAGACAGAAUUAAUUAGAGCCGAGGAGGGCAACAUUUGUCUGUUCUGUUACCACGACGAACUUGGUGAGGGUCAAGCUCUGGUGCCCUUCACCUGCAAACACCAAAAACAGGGUCAGGUAAAGCCUCGUGUCUCAAUAACACAUAUUUACUUAUUUCUGUGGUAAAUAUUUGAAGCUGAUACUUUGAAAAUAUUGUAUUAAUUUAAUAAUAUACACUCCACGAGCAGGUACCCGCGCUCGGUCACUCAUCACACACAUACAUAUAUACAUACAAAUAUACGUACAUGUGUGUAUAUAUACAUACAUACAUAUAUAUAUAUAGUACUGGUAUGUGUUUAGGAAGUUUAUAAACACACAGAUACAUACAUACAUAUAUAUAUUAUACAUAUAUAUUAUACACAAACACUGGUGUGUGUUUAUAAAUACCCCUACAUCCUAGACAUUUUUGGAAGCUGUAAAUGAAACCCCUUCAAUUAGGGGUUGUUGUUCCCUGAGAGCAAUUAUCAUCUUCAUCUCUACCAUCAUCGGCAAUUCCCGUCCAGGGACGAAUCCUUUCCCUUCUACAACAGAGAGGAAUGAAGAGACACUAACUUCAUAUUUCUAUUUCUACGGGCAUCUUCUCUUUAAAUGGCUGACACGGCAAAUGAGAAUGCCGUCGACAUUUCAGAAAGCGAUUCUGUCCAGCAGUGCAAUGAAGACCCCUUAAACUCCUCAAAGGAACUUGUUAUCACGAUCCAAUCUCCAGACAAGUUGAAUUCCUUGACAUCCGAUUAUUCGGAUGCUGAGAGAAGUUCCAACAUUGUUCUGGAAAACCAGGAAAUGACAUCCUCCAACAACUGUUCCCCGGAUCCUAAAGGUAAACUCAUCAUCACGAUGCCUUCUCCAACCUCAUCACAAAUGUCAAGCGGAACCGAAACCAUUCAACUGGAAAUCUCCAAUGGAUCAUCAAUCGACCAGAACUCCCCUACCAUGGAAAUGGACCAGUCUAAUAUCGGAUACUGUUUAGUGUGCAAUGAUCUUGGGUCGGGCUAUCACUACUCGGCAUUUUCUUGCGAGGGGUGUAAAGGAUUCUUUAAACGGACUGUCCAGAAGAAUUUGAUUUACAAGUGCAAAGACAGCGGCCACUGCAUCAUCAACAAAUUCACCAGAAACAGCUGCCAACAUUGUCGCUUCCAGCGUUGCCUGCAAGUUGGCAUGAAAAGAGACGCUGUGCGAGAGGAUCGAACCCCUGGAGGCAAACAUCGACACAAACGGCGCAGAGUGGAAAAUAUUAUUGCAGAGAACGAUGAUGGAGGUGGUGGCGGCGGCGGUGGUGGUGGCACUUCAAGGAACCACGACACGUUACUGGAGAGGGUGAUCAGUGCAGCACCCGACAGGUUACCGAAAACAGAAGAAAUCUUUGCUGGUGAAGUUAAGAUUUGUAACCUGACAGGAAAUGAACUUCUUCAGUGUGGUUAUCUUGAGUUGAAGUACAUCAUUGAUUGGGCCAAGAAAGUACCAGGAUUUCGAGAUUUAUGUAUCACAGACCAGACAGCUCUGUUGAAAUCCUCGUUCAUGGAGUUGAGUGUUCUUCGUCUGUCGUACAGGUCAAUGGGAAUGGACAAUGUGAUAAAGUUUGCUGAAGGUUUGCUCGUUCCAAUCAACUAUGCUACCAACAUGGGUUGGGGCAACGAACUCAUCAAUGCCUCUGUCGAGUUCUCCCUCUGUCUCAAAAGUAUCCACCUUGACCACUCAGAAUUUUGUAUUCUCAAUGCUCUCGUCUUAACAUAUCCAGAUGCCUCAGGUGUCCAAGACAAACAGAAGGUUGCUGCCAUGCAGACGAGAAUCCUCGACACGUUGCGACGCUAUGUCUCCAAGAAGUACUCCAGUGACCUCCAGCGUUAUGGCAAGAUGCUGCUACGGCUGCCAGCCCUUCGCACCCUCAGCGCCAAAGCUGCCGAACGUUUCCUCUCACUGACCCUGGAGGGUAGUUUCCACAUUAACGAACUUGUGUCCCAAAUGAUCAGCUGAUGGACGCUGACCCUUGACCACUUUAACAACCACCACCACCACCAUCAUCACUCCCCCAACACCAUGACCACCACCACUUGGUUUAAUGGUUAUGUCAGGAAUGUCCUUUUUAUUUUCACUCAAAACAAAAUCAUUGACUUUGUCCCCCCCCCCCCCCGGUUUCUUUCUUUUGUUCAUUGCUAAAACUUUAGCCAAAUCUUUGUCAUUUUAAUUAACCCUGGGCUGGAUGCUGUUCGAGGGACAGGCACAUGCAUCUAAUUAACAUACAUUAUUUAGAUAUCUCACAGAUUUUUCAGAUUAACAAAGAUUGUUUGUUUUU